AUGUUCUCUAAAAUGGUAUCCAAGCUGACAUCCCUGCAGCAGGAGCUCCUCAGCGCCCUGCUGGACUCAGGAGUUACCAAAGAUGUUCUGAUCCAGGCCCUGGAUGAUAUGGACCCCAGCCCGCGGGGCUUUGGAGUAAAACUAGAGAGCCUGCCCAUGUCGCCCGCUCCUCCUCAGAGCGGCAAGAUGAACGGAGCGGACUCCGACUCGAAGCCCGUCUUCCACACGCUCACCAACGGCCACAGCAAGGGCAAGCUGUCCGGGGACGAGGGCUCCGAGGACGGGGACGACUACGACACCCCGCCGAUACUGAAGGAGCUCCAGUCACUCAACACCGAGGAGGCCGCCGAGCAGAGGGCGGAGGUGGAGCGCAUGUUGGCGUAA